AUGUCGCUUCGUCGCUCUGACAGUCCCAACAGUUGGGGCACGGCCUCUGGUGAAAUCAGGUCUUUAUCUCCCGCAGUCAGUGUCGUCAAUCGCGACUCCUUUGGCGAUGCGCUGACGCAGAUCCUGAGCGAGCUUGAAGAGACGCUUUUGCAAGCGCAUGAGCUCAGCACGGGCUCUGGUCGCAGGCGAUCAAGGGUCGAAGGCAUGGACCAGUCCAGCGAGUCCGGCCUGAAAGAGGGUCCGGCGCCGAAACUCAGCUUCCGUGCUGACCCGAUUCGCAUUCGUCCAGUGGCCUCAGACGGCGAGAACUUUACAGCGCCUCCAAGGAAGCGUAGCAGUGUCUGUCGAAAAUCUACCAGCUCAGCUCGCAAUCGCACAAGGCAAAGCUUUGCCAACCCGAAGCUGUCAGCGGUAGACCCAAGGAGCCUUCACAACUCUAUUGCCGAGAAGCGCAUCUCGGAGGAGUCUGAAAUGAAGGCAAGGCAGAUGUCCGGAAACAAAGAGGAGGGCAUCCUCCGUCUUACGAUGGCAGCGUGGAAGGAGUUUACAUUCCAUGUUGACAAUGACGAUGACGAUGUUUCCGAGCACGAGCUUGAGGUGCUCAAGGAGUUCGCACACCGGGAGUGGCCGAGCGAUCCGGAAGCAUAUGCUGCCUUGACCCGCAUGCUGACGGCGGACCUGAAUACCAGCAAGGGCGAGGAUGAGAGGCGAGAUUCCUUUACAGAAAGCUUCUGGAGGAGACACCUUGUCACUCGGCCACACUCUCGAAAACGGAUGCUGUGGGACCUCUUCGGUCUCAUUCUGGUUAUAUGGGACAUAUUUGCCAUUCCCAUGACUGCAUUCGAGUUGACAGAUAUCGCCGUCCUGACAGUCGUGAACUGGACGAGUACCGUGUUUUGGACCAUUGACCUUCCGACAAACUUCUUCAACAGUUUUUAUCGAGCAGGCCAUGUGGUCCUGGAUCCAUGGGAGAUUGCGGUACAGUACCUCAGGACAUGGUUUACCAUCGAUAUAACUGUUCUGGCAUUGGAUUGGUGUUUCCUAGCUCUGGAUGCUGCAUUCGUCAACGACAGUGACGACGAUGGAGCGGGCAACAACUACCUCAGAAUAAUGCGCAUGUCGCGUGGACUGAAGAUCCUGAGGAUCUUGCGCUUGGUGCGUUUGGCCAAGCUGUUUCCCAAGUUCCACACCGCCUUUGUGGCGGUGCAAUCGGAUGCGAUGCGGCUCUCAUUGGGGGCGUGGUUUGCCGUUGUCAUCGUUGUCGUCAUGAACCACUACGUUGCAUGUGGCUGGUUUGCCUUGGGCUACUGGGACACAACUGCUCCCAUCACAUGGGUUGCAGCCUACGACCUAAAUGGAGACAUGACUCCCUUCAAGGGUCAGCUUGGGUACCAGUACUUUACGUCGCUCCACUGGGCGUUGUGUCAGUUCACUCCGGCUUCGAUCGAGGUGAACGCUGUUAACACUUCGGAGCGUAUCUACACCGUUUGCACGAUCAUCUGCGGCUUGAUCUCGUUCUCCUCCUUUGUCUCCAACAUCACGUCCUCGAUGACGCAGCUCCGAAAUCUCAACAGCGAGAAGCAGAAACAGCAGGCGUCUCUUCGCCAGUACUUCUCCCAAAAUGAGGUGCCCCCGGAAGUGAGCAAGUGCAUCUAUGACUGGAUUAGCAGCCAUCGGAAGAAUCAUCGAGUGCGCGUUCAUGAAGAGGACGUCGAACCUCUGGCCGAAGUGCCGGAGCGCUUGAAGUUCAAGUUGCGUGAGGCAGUCUACCGCCCAGUUCUCUGCCGUCAUCCGUUCUUCCUCGAGUUCCGCGAGGCCGAUGCGCGGACGUUAGACAGGCUCUGUCACCAAGCGGUGUCGGAGAUCAGGGUGAGCACAGAGCACACCAUCUUCAUCAAGGGAGAGCAGGCAACAGGCAUGUACUUCGUGACCGGUGGAGAGCUGGAGUAUUGGAGAUCGGCGUUGAUGGACCCGAUACCCAUUCAGACAGGCGACUGGCUCAGUGAAGUGGCACUGUGGGUGUCGUGGAGGCACUGUGGCACAUUGGCGGCAAAGUGCCAGAGUGAUUUGAUGCUCGUGGACACCGACAUGUUCAGAUCCGCCAUCGCCACUUGCAGCAAGGUGGGCCGGCGCCUGGUCCGCGGCUACGCGGCAGCCUUUGUUCGCCACGAGUGUGAGGCCCAGCCAGCUGGCGCCUGGCUUGGGGACCUUUGCUGUAGCCACGAGGCCAUCGCUGCUUUGCUGGAGACAACAAUGCACAAGAGUCAGCCGCUGGAGGAGCACCUCAAGAGUGUCACAGCAACUGAACUUUUCAAAGACCACUGCCGACAAUCCGUCGUGCCCUGCUGUGGCAUCGAGAAAAUGACACCGGUCCUGACUGUCGAAACUCGCGAAGUGAGCAAGGCCCGGACCAAGCUUGAGCUGUAG